GAGGGCUCGAAGAGAGGGGGAGAAAGAGAGAAGAGGUCGGGAGACACAGAGAUGUCGGAACCAGCCGCAAAUCCCGCUGCCACCUCCUUCCCGGCGCCAACUAUUUCCCUACCUUUGGGCCUGGAAAUACUGAGGACCUACUCUGGAGCGCUUAUGUGUUUAGAGAUAUUAUUUGGUGGUCUGGUAUGGAUCCUGGUGGCUUCCUCCAAUGUGCCGGUGCCUCUGCUGCAGGGCUGGGUGAUGUUUGUCUCUGUCACUGCCUUCCUCCUGUCCUCCGCCUACCUCGCUCUUCUCAUCACCGGCCUGGCUGACCGCAUCAACACUGACUGGAACUUCCUGGAUGUGGUGUACCAUUUCAUAGCUUUGCUUUUCUACUUUGCUGCCUUCGUUCUGGAGGCAGCCACCACAGCAGCUAAUGGUGGAGCCCACAUCAAGCCAACCCUGAACAGCACUGAAGUUGUAAUGUGUAUAACCUACCCCCGGGGCAAUAUAUUCACCGUCCUAAAUGAGAGGCAAUACAGUAUUAACGUGGCAGCUACGAUAUUUGCCUUUGUGGUGACUCUAUGCUACGGCUGCAGUAUGUUCAUGGGCUUCAAGAGGUGGAGGAUGUAACCAUGAACACCAGCGCCCGCAUGAACUAAUUUUUACAACUUCUUUAUAACUCGUCCAUAAUGUAUUACAACAUCAGCCACACUGUCCAGAGCUCUUAUUCAUAGAGUGUUUUCACAGACCUGUUUGGUUUGGGUCAGUCGAAGCUUUAGUAAUUCCUGUCAUGUCAGCAAGCAGUGACAUAAAACAUACACCGGAAAAGUUCAUGUUUUAUGGCUGCCUCAGUCAAAAAUGGAAGUGUUCUGGACUCCUAAAAAUCGAAAGUAAAAAUCAAUGUCGAAUGGCCUUGGCUCUGCUGGUAAAACUACAGCAGCAUUUUGAAGGAAUACAGAUGCGUCAUUUAGGCAAUUCUGAUGUUUUUUUUUUUCCUUUAUUUCCCUUGUUAUCCACUUUGACAUUGCCCCAUUUCCAGAUCCCCUUGCUCACUGAAGGCCAUAUUUCACAUUUCUUCUAUCACAAAAAUGUGUCCAAGUAUGAUUGCCUGACAAAUUGGGAACAACAGUAAUCUGAUGUGAACAGUAAUCUGAUGUGAUGGCGCCACUUGUUGGAGAGACCCUGAAAAGCCAAGAGAAGUUUUCACUAUCCUCCAGUUUCCGAGGUGCUAAGCAGCUGUUGGUAGACUCACCCAAUGACCAUGUGUUUUAAUACAUUUUUUAAAUGUCCAUUAUGUAAAAUGUGAUAUGACAUUGGAAUUUCAAAGUUUCUGUUGAUUUUUGUACACACUUUUCACCUGUCUAAUAAUGGCAUUUUUUUCUCUCUUUACAUCCAGCCCCUGUUGUGCAUGACACAAAUAUUUGCCAUUCUGAAUAAAUAUUUGUUAUUUGUAAAUUUGUAUGUAAGACUAUGGUCAUGAUAUGAGGUGAGUGUCAGACUUGAACUACCUACAAAUAGAUCUUUGUAUUUUUUUAACCUGCUUUUUGGUGCCAGGUGGAUGGGGUGCAGCAUCUCAGGACAGUUCAGCUAAACUGAAAAUUAGUGAAAAGUAUAAUAACUUGGUUUAGAACAAGCAAAAAACAAAACAAAACAAUGUCUUAUUGUCUAAUCUUUCUGGAAGCAAUUGUGCUGUCCUUUGUGUAAACUCCAUCCAUUUGGCACCUUAAACAAACCAACAAAUUAUUUAGAAAGAGCACUGUAUCUCAUGGCUUUCCAUAAUAUCAAAGUCAGGGACCGAUAUUAAAAAAAUGUACUGUUUUGCCUUUUCCCCCUAAGUUACUGACUUUCAUCUACUGAUUUAUUUCAAAUAUUUAUCUUAAUUUACUGACUGAUCAUUUAAGUAGACUGUAUGUUUAGAGUUUGAUCCUUAUUCUGAAAUAACCGCUAUAUGUUGAAGCAUCAUAAAAUUGCCCAAAUCAAUAACUAUCAUAAACUGGCUAUGUGUAAAUGAUUUCUUAGCAAUGCAUUUAUAUUAUUGUAUGCAUUAGUCUAUUAAGUUAUGUUAAUAUUAAUUUAAAAUGUUUUUUAAAGGCUAUUUGUGGAGAA